UUUGCUUUCUGCCUGUCAACACGGCGUGUAAACACUUAAACGCGGAACAGAGCGGCGGUGAAACAUUACUGAUGAAUGAAAAGCGCAGCCUCUUUUCAUAAAUUAUAAAGUGCGGAAGGGAAGGUUUGCAUGAUAGUCCCGCAGCUGACCGUGAAGCCUAGCAGGGUACUGUAAAGCGGCCAGUUGCUGGUAGGUUCAUUGUGAGGAGGACGGAGGCUGCAGCAAAUCGGCGCUCUUCGAGGACCAUGGCAGCGGCGACCGUUGUGGGGGCUGAUCCGACGACGAGCGAAGGUGGCGCCGCUUUCUCUGGCGUCCAGAGCAGGGGAUGGGACGACUCUCAGCUCCGAAAAUACUCGUUCCCAACCAAGCCUAUUCCCAGGCUGUCUCAUACGGAUCCCAGGGCAGAGAUGCUAAUAAACAAUGAGGAACCGGUGGUUUUAACAGACACAAACCUCGUUUACCCAGCUCUCAAAUGGGACAUCCCAUACCUCCUGGAGAACAUUGGAAAUGGAGACUUCUCUGUUUACAUUUCGGAAAACCACAAAUUCCUCUACUAUGACGAGAAGAAAAUGUGCAACUUUGAGAACUUUGUCCCUAAGUCUCGACGAAUGGAAAUGAAAUUUGCAGAAUUUGUGGAUAAAAUGCAUAAAACAGAGGAAAUGGGAGGAGAGGAUAGAGUCUAUCUCCAGCAGACCCUGAAUGACACAGUAGGAAAGAAGAUUGUUGUCGACUUUCUUGGGUUCAACUGGAACUGGAUCAACAAGCAACAAGCCAAGAGAAACUGGGGACAGCUGACAUCCAACCUGCUACUUGUGGGCAUGGAAGGCAAUGUGACACCAGCACAUUAUGACGAGCAGCAGAACUUCUUUGCACAGAUCAAAGGUCAUAAGAGAUGCAUUCUCUUCCCUCCUGACCAGUUUGAGUAUCUGUAUCCAUACCCUGUCCAUCACCCUUGUGACAGACAAAGCCAGGUUGAUUUUGAUAAUCCUGACUAUGAGAAGUUUCCUAAUUUUAAAAAUGUUGUGGGCUAUGAAGCUGUCGUAGAACCUGGAGAUGUCCUUUACAUCCCAAUGUAUUGGUGGCAUCACAUUGAAUCAUUGUUAAAUGGUGGAGUGACGAUUACUGUAAACUUCUGGUACAAAGGAGCACCUACACCUAAGAGGAUAGAGUACCCACUGCGAGCCCAUCAGAAGGUUGCCAUCAUGAGGAAUAUUGAGAAGAUGCUGGGAGAAGCACUUGGAGAUCCACAUGAGGUUGGACCUCUACUGAAAACAAUGAUCAGGGGGAGAUAUGACCAGGAUCUCGGUUAAGCCUCCAGUCUUGAAACUGUCAAAUGAACUGCUCUGGAUUCUGUUUGCAUAUGAAAGUGACACUGCUGUGUGUGAGAGAAAGACUGUGUGUGUGUUUAAUGUGCAUUCUAUCAUUGGAGCUACAUGUCACUGCAUGGCAGUAAGCUGCAACACUGAAACUAUUCUGCUUCAGUCCCAGCGCCAUUGUCGUUGCAAAUACAACAGAUAGAAGAGGAAGCAUCUCAGUAAUUCAUGGGAUUUCAACCUACUUGAAAGUUUUUAUUUUGUCUUUGAAAAAAGACCAGAAGAUGUAACCAUGUCAAUGUUUUCUCAGCAGUUGUACAGUUUAAGCUAUUGGCCUUAAUUGUAAAUUGUCUGAGAUUGGUACCAAUGGAGCAACUUCAGUGUUCUGACCACUUUUGGAUGUGUCCCGGGGUUCUUAUCCUAUAAAUACAGAAGGCAUCAGUUUAAUAGAGAACAUUUUCUUUAAGCAAGGAAUAAGUUGUGAUUGAUUUGAAAUGGUCAUAUUUUAUUCCCCAUCUUUCUCAAAAAGAUAGCUUUUACAACUUGGUGUUUUUGGAAUAUCAUAUUAUCUCUGAGUGUACUAAUGAGAUGGCCUUAGAUGGUAAUCAGCUAAAUU